AUGUCCAUGGCGUCUGCCCGAAGGGGCAAACCAAAGAUCCGAGCUCCUCCAAAGCUCGGACCAGACACCAGUAUCAAAGACACCUGGACAAAGCUCUCCCAUGCGAUCCGCGAGAUCCAAAAUCACAAUGCUUCCAAGCUGUCUUUCGAGGAGCACUACCGCUAUGCGUACAACAUGGUUCUCUACAAACACGGCGACCAGCUGUACACGGGAGUGAAGAAGCUUGUGGCUGAGCAUCUCGACCAGCUCGCAGAGGAGCGCAUCGUGCCUGCCUUUCCGCGCGCCGGCGGGUCACACGUCGCAGGUGCCCUGGGCGGCGGCGCACAGGCGGUCGAGCAGGCUGUAGAGGGUGACCGUUUCCUCCGCUCGGUCAAGAGCGUCUGGGACGACCACACCGGCAGCAUGCGGAAGCUGAAGGAUAUUCUGAAGUACAUGGUGUACACCCAAUCGGCCAAGGUGCCGACGAUCUACGACGUUGGAUUGGAACUGUUCUGGUCGCAUAUCGUGCGGUCAAACCUGUAUCCUAUCCACACGCACUUGAUGGGAACAUUGCUGUCGCAGGUGCAGCUCGAGCGCGACGGCCAGAGCAUCCAGCGGUCAACCGUCCGCGACUGUGUCGACAUCCUGCUGCGACUCGACAACCCUAUGACACCGGGGCACACGGUGUACGUCACUGACUUUGAGCCCGAGUUCUUGCGUCGAUCAUCAGAGUUCUACCGUCUGGAGAGCAUUGCUCAGCUCGACACGGGCGACGCGCCGUCAUAUCUGCGAAACGCGCUGCUUGUCGACAACUUGCUGACGCCGCACCUGCACUCUAUCAUGGGCAUGCCGGGGACGGGCCUGUCACCCAUGCUCGACGGCGACAGAAACGGGGACCUGCGGCGCAUGUACAACUUGUUCCUGCGGGUACCGGACGAUAAGGGCAAGAGUGCACUGCGGUUAGCGCUGCGCGAAAACAUUGAGGCGCGCGGCAAGGCGAUCAACGAGGGUGCCGCAGCAGCGGUUGCGGGUCCCGCAGCUGCCGAGGGCGAGGACGAGCCGGUCGACCGGAAGGGCAAGGGCAAGGCGAAGCCUCCGAGUGCGAUGGCCGGAGCACUCGCGCAAGCUCUGCGAUGGGUACAGGAUGUGCUCGACCUGAAGGACAAGUUUGACGCGAUUCUCGACAACGCCUUCAGCGGGGAUAAGCAGGUGCAAGCGUCGAUCAACGAGGCGUUCCAGUCGUUCAUCAACGCGAACGCGCGAGCACCCGAGUUCCUCUCGCUCUACAUCGACGACCACCUGAAGAAGGGCGCCAAGUCGAAGAGCGAGGAGGAGAUUGACGCCGCGCUCGAGAAGACGAUCAUCCUCUUCCGCUUCCUGGCGGACAAAGACAAGUUUGAGCGGUACUACAAGAACCAUCUCGCGCGACGCUUGCUGUAUCAGCGCAGCGCGUCCGACGACGCCGAGCGCGGUAUGGUCGCCAAGCUCAAGGUCGAGAUGGGUUUCCAGUUCACGCAAAAGCUUGAGGGAAUGUUCAACGACAUGCGCAUGAGUGUCGAGUCUGCGUCGGCGUUCAGAAACCGCCGUUCGACUUCAACGUCUCGGUCCUUACGGCGAGCUACUGGCCCCAGCCGAUCGUCACGACGAGCUCGUCGGGCGGCGGCUGGCCUGGCAGGCGUCGCUGGGCACGGCGGACGUGCGCGUACGCUUCGCACAGCGCACACACGACCUGAACGUGAGCACGCAGGCGCUCGUGGUGCUGCUGCUCUUCGAGGACCUGCCGGACGAGGACGUGCUGAGCUAUUCCGAGCUGAAGACGGCGUCGGAUCUGAGCGACGGCGAGCUGCAGCGCACGCUCCAGUCGCUCGCGUGCGGGAAGCACCGCGUGCUGACCAAGCACCCGAAGGGGCGCGACAUCAACCCGGACGACACGUUCAGCUUCAACAGCGCCUUCACGUCCCCCCUGGCGCGGAUUAA